CUACUAACUACCACAGCGCUCCAACUGCAACUGAAAGUCGUCCACCUCCCUUUCUCUAAUCGGGGCCGUCGCGGUUGAGCUUGCCACGAUGGGCGUGGUUUCAGUCCUCCUCUCGGUUUGCUUCGCCGUGGUCAUUGCUUCUAUCUUCAUCCCAGCUACGUUUCAUGCUUCCGGACGGCUGGUGGGCAAAUAUCUGAGGGGCGCUUCACGGACGAGGCGAGAGCUGCUGAUUGCUAGGACAGCUAAAGAACAGAAGGAGUACGAGGAAAGAGUCAAUACAGAGCGGGAGGUGCGCAGGAAAGAUAGCGAUGAGUGGGAAGAGGUCGAAGGUGCGCUGGUAGGCAGCGCUGCCAAUGGUGAACAGGCGGCGGACCAGGACUGGUCUGGCAUCAUCGGCUUCUUCCACCCUUUCUGCAAUGCGGGUGGCGGCGGUGAGCGAGUCCUCUGGGAAGCUAUUAGGGCCACCCAGCUGCGCAGACCCGAAGCCAUCUGCGUAGUAUACACGGGCGACCACGACGUCGACAAAUCCGCCAUCCUGAAACGUGUCGAAGAGCGCUUCAAUAUCCAUCUACAUGCUCCGUCGAUCCACUUCCUCUACCUGACGAAGCGAGACUAUGUCCUGAGCAGCACAUGGCCUCGCUUUACUCUCCUCGGGCAGUCGAUAGGCUCCAUCUUCCUCGCCUUGGACGCCUUCCAGCUACUCGUACCAGACAUCUUCAUCGACACCAUGGGUUACGCCUUUGCCACAUGGCUCUCCACCAUCCUCUUCCCUGACGUCCCAACAGGCGCCUACGUCCACUAUCCCACCAUCUCCACCGACAUGCUUGACUCGCUCUCCUCGGGCGGACAAGGCAUCCACGCCGGCGCCGGCGUCGGUCUGCGCGGCCUCCUCAAACGCGCCUACUGGCACAUCUUCGCCAGCCUCUACAGCCGCGUCGGCUCCACCAUCGACGUCGUCAUGACCAACUCGAGCUGGACACAGGCGCACAUCAAAUCCCUCUGGGGUCCCUUCCGCAAACGCCAAAACACCACCACGAACCAAGACACGGAGGACAUCAGCGUCGUGUUUCCCCCCGUCGCCGUCGCGGACCUCGAGCGCGCCAUCCACAUCGACGAGCAGAGCGAAGCCACACGCCGCCGCGAUAUCGUCUACAUUGCGCAGUUCCGCCCGGAGAAGAACCACGAGAUGAUCCUCCGCGCCUUCGCAUCGUUUGCGCGGCCGGAGAUCAAGGCGUCCAAGGACGGCGGCGGCGUCAUCAUCGGGAGGAGGCCCGUGCCGCGCCUUAUCCUCAUCGGCAAUAUGCGGGCCAGCGACGAGAUGCGCGUCUACACGUUGCGGGUGCUGGCGCGCGAGUUGGGCGUCGACGAGUACGUCAAGUUUGUGCCCGACGCCAAGUGGGAGGCCAUGGUCGAGUACAUGGCGCAGAGCAGCGUGGGCGUCAAUGGCAUGUGGAGCGAGCACUUUGGCAUCGGUGUUGUGGAGUACCAGGCCGCGGGGUUGAUAUGCGUCGUGCAUGACAGUGGGGGCCCGAAGAUGGAUAUUGUGGUUGAUGUCGAGGGGGAGCCUACGGGAUAUCACGCCUCGAGCGUCGAGGAAUACGCAGCAGCGUUCGACAAAGCGCUGAGUUUGCCCGCGGAGGAGGCGCUGAAGAUGAGGCUUCGGGCGCGCAGGUCGGCGCGGAGGUUCUCGACGCAAGUGUUUGGAGAGAAGUGGGUAAGGAGGAUGGAGGAGUUGAUUCGGCUGCGGAGGCAGAGGGUUGGGGUGAGGGGGUUGUAGCGGAGUGAUGAAUUGCAGGUUGGGAAGGGUGUUGAUGUGGGCCCUAGCGGGGAGACGUAGGGCGGAGAAGAUAAGGGAAAGUUGUGAAGCUGUGGUGUAUGGGACUUGGGAAGGGAGGCGUUACACUGGCGUACAAUGGCUCGGCUUUGUUUUUUUAUACCCGGAAAUCUUCAUAUGGUGGUGGAUUUGGCCCAUGUAUGAUUGCGACUCCCUAUUCGGGUUUUGGGGGGUGGGGGCUAGGGAAUGCAUGGCGUUGGAAAUGGGUGGUCCUGAUCUUUCGGGUAUGCGUGUAUUCCGUUACAGUUGUAUGAGUAUGAGUUUGUAUGAUGGGAUAAGGAGAGACGAAAAGGAGAAGAAGUAGAAGAAGUAGAAGUAGAAGAAGGCUCGAGAACACAG